CCCGAGGCCGGGGUCCGGUGGUCGCGCCCCGGGGGCUGCAGCCCCGCCCUCACAUGUGCCCGCCCCGCCCGGCGGCAGCGCUGCUACCUCAGCAGCCGCCGCGGUGCAGCCCGCGCGGGACGGCGAGCGCUGAGGAGCGGCCGUGGGGUGAGGCGCUGGCUGUAGCGGGGUCGCCGCGGGGCUGGGGCGCCGGACGCCGCGGCCGUAGGGUCGAGGGGCCGAGGUGCGGGACUGCGGGCUGCUGCCAGGACGCCGGCGCACUGAGGCAUGCGGCGGAGGUGUGCCAACUAGGAAUUGGACGGCUGAGCGUGUGGCAGUCAGGAUCCAAUCUCUGUCUGACUCCUAAGCCUGUGCUCGGAAGCCUUCUGGUGUCUGUGCCUCCUGAGAUCCUGCAUGGUUGUUUCCCUAAGGAAUUUUCCGUUGGGAAACAGAAACAAUGGCAAACAAUACUGCUUGGAUGUGAGUAACCCUAUGAUGACUCACAGGGUUGUUUCAGGAUGAAGAUCUAGCAGAUAUUAACGUGACGGCGUCAGGUGGAUCGACAGCCCCCCCACCGCCCCAUUUGUCAGGGGCUUGAGAGUGGGGCGACAUGGAGGAGCGUAAGAACGAGGCGACGAAUCGGGCUCACAUCCUCUUUGACCGGUUCGUGCAGGCCACCACUUGCAAGGGGACACUCAAGGCCUUCCAAGAGCUCUGCGACCACCUGGAACUGAAGCCUAAGGACCACCGCUCCUUUUACCACAAGCUCAAGUCCAAGCUCAACUACUGGAGAGCCAAGGCCCUCUGGGCAAAGCUGGACAAGCGGGGCAGCCACAAAGACUACAAGAAGGGAAAGGCGUGCACUAACACUAAGUGUCUCAUCAUUGGAGCUGGCCCCUGCGGUCUCCGCACAGCCAUCGAUUUAUCCUUAUUGGGAGCUAAGGUGGUCGUGAUUGAGAAACGAGAUGCCUUCUCCCGCAACAAUGUCUUGCAUCUCUGGCCAUUCACCAUACACGACCUGCGAGGCCUGGGUGCCAAGAAGUUCUACGGCAAGUUCUGUGCUGGAGCCAUCGACCACAUCAGUAUCCGUCAGCUUCAACUAAUACUUUUGAAAGUAGCAUUGAUCCUAGGCAUUGAAAUCCAUGUCAAUGUGGAAUUCCAAGGACUUGUGGAGCCUCCUGAGGACCAAGAAAAUGAACGGAUAGGUUGGCGGGCCCUGGUGCACCCCAAAACCCAUCCUGUAUCAGAAUAUGAGUUUGAAGUGAUCAUUGGAGGGGAUGGCCGCAGGAACACCUUGGAAGGAUUUCGUCGGAAAGAAUUUCGUGGCAAACUGGCCAUUGCCAUUACAGCAAAUUUUAUUAACCGAAAUACAACCGCAGAAGCCAAAGUGGAAGAGAUCAGUGGUGUGGCUUUUAUAUUCAACCAAAAAUUUUUCCAGGAACUGAGGGAAGCCACAGGGAUCGAUUUGGAGAACAUCGUCUAUUACAAAGAUGACACACACUAUUUUGUUAUGACAGCCAAAAAGCAGAGUUUACUGGACAAAGGGGUGAUACUGCACGACUACGCCGACACGGAGCUCCUGCUGUCCCGGGAGAAUGUGGACCAGGAGGCCCUGCUGAGCUAUGCCCGGGAGGCGGCCGACUUCUCCACCCAGCAGCAGCUGCCCUCCCUGGACUUCGCCAUCAACCACUACGGGCAGCCCGACGUGGCCAUGUUCGACUUCACGUGCAUGUACGCCUCCGAGAACGCGGCCCUGGUGCGGGAGCACGGUGGCCACCAGCUGCUGGUGGCCCUGGUGGGGGACAGCCUUCUGGAGCCUUUUUGGCCAAUGGGAACAGGAAUAGCCCGGGGCUUUCUAGCUGCUAUGGACUCGGCCUGGAUGGUGCGCAGUUGGUCUCUGGGAAGGAGCCCCUUGGAAGUCCUGGCAGAGAGGGAAAGCAUUUAUAGGUUGCUGCCUCAGACCACCCCCGAGAAUGUGAGCAAGAACUUCAGCCAGUACAGCAUAGACCCCGUCACCAGAUACCCCAACAUGAACGUCAACUUCCUCCGGCCAAGCCAGGUGCGCCAUCUGUAUGAUACUGGAGAAACAAAAGAUAUUCACCUGGAGAUGGAGAACCUCGUGAAUUCCCGAACUACCCCAAAAUUGUCCCGCAAUGAGUCUGUGGCUCGUUCCAGCAAACUGCUGGGUUGGUGCCAGCGGCAGACAGAUGGCUACGCUGGGGUGAACGUGACGGACCUCACCAUGUCGUGGAAGAGCGGCCUGGCCCUGUGUGCCGUCAUCCACAGAUACCGCCCUGAUCUGAUAGAUUUUGAUUCUUUGGAUGAGCAAAAUGUGGAGAAGAAUAACCAGCUGGCCUUUGAUAUUGCUGAGAAGGAGCUGGGCAUUUCUCCCAUCAUGACAGGCAGAGAGAUGGCCUCGGUGGGGGAGCCGGACAAGCUGUCCAUGGUGAUGUACCUGACCCAGUUCUACGAGAUGUUCAGGGACUCGCUCCCCUCCCGAGACGCCUUGGACCUGAAUGCUGAGGAGAGGGCCGUCCUGGUAGCCAGCACUAAAUCCCCUAUCUCCUUCCUGAGCAAGCUGGGGCAGACCAUUUCUCGGAAGCGCUCUCCCAAGGACAAAAAGGAAAAGGACUUGGAUGGUGCUGGGAAGAGGAGAAAGACCAGCCAGUCGGAAGAGGAGGACGCACCCCGGGGCUACAGAGGAGGAAGGCCUACGCUGGUGAGCACACUGAGCGACCGGAGGGUGGAUGUGGCCCUUGGCAACCAGAACAAGGUGAAGUACAUGGCGACCCAGCUGCUGGCCAAGUUUGAGGAGAACGCGCCCGCGCAGUCCACGGGCGUGAGGAGACAGCCGACACAAGAGCGUGGGCUCAGCCAGCCGUCCUGCUGCCUGCCUGAGCAGGGUCGCCCUGCUCCCGCCCCCCAGUGGAAACAGACGUACAGCGAUCUUGAUGCUGACAGCCGUGGCAAGCAGAGUCCCCACCACGAGAGGCCAGAGCCUGAGCCUUCUCGUCGAUUUUUUGUCGACCAGUGGGAGCUUUCUCUAAGCCUCCGCUCCGCCAGCCGCCCUGCCUCUCCCUCCUCUGACUUCCUCCGACAGGGCUCCAUGAAGAAGGAGUUCCCACAGAACUUGGGAGGCAGCGACACCUGCUACUUCUGCCGGAAGCGGGUCUACGUGAUGGAGCGCCUGAGCGCCGAGGGCAAGUUCUUCCACCGGAGCUGCUUCAAGUGCGAGUACUGCGCCACCACCCUGCGCCUCUCGGCCUACGCAUACGCCCUCGAGGACGGUAAAUUCUACUGCAAACCACACUACUGUUACCGGCUGUCCGGGCCUGUACAGAGGAAGAGACCAGCAGUGGCCCCUCUGUCUGGAAAGGAGGCCAGGGGACCCCUGCAGGACAGCCCUGCUGCAGACACCAACGGACAGCCCAGCACCAGUGCCAGCCCUGCCGAGAGAACUCCAGGCCCGAGCGUGAACGGCCUGGAGGAGCCCAGCAUCACUAAGAGGCUGCGGGGCACCCCGGAGAGGAUUGAGCUGGAGAACUACCGCCUGUCGGUGCGGCAGGCGGAGGGGCUGGAGGAGGUGCCCGAGGAGACGCAGGCCGAGCACAACCUGAGCAGUGUGCUGGACACUGGGACGGAGGAGGACGCGGCCAGCAGCAGUUCUGAGUCCGAGAUGGAGGAGGAGGAACCCCCACUGCCCCCCUCGGACCUGGGCGGCGUUCCCUGGAAGGAGGCCGUGAGGAUCCAUGCUCUUCUGAAAGGAAGGAGUGAAGAGGAGCUCGAGGCCUCCAGGAGCUUCGCAGCUGGGGAGGAGGACGCGGAGGACGCAGGGGACGAGGAGGACGAGGAGGACGAGGAGGACGCGUCUAGUGAAGGAGAGUACUGGCCCCGGGACAGAGAACUCCUGCAAGGCCAGCCGCUGGGGCACCUGCCAGAGGAAGAGGACAUGGGUACACGUGAAGGGCCCGACCUUCCCUCCGUUCGCCGUGCAGCAGUGCAGGCCUGGCUGGAGUCGGUCUCCGGAGUCCCGUUUGACGAGGACGACCUGGAAGAAGAUGUGGACUCAGAGCCAGCAGAGAUAGAAGGCGAGGCAGCGGAGAAUGGGGACACGGGGGACACUGGCGCAGAGCUGGGCAAUGGUCAGCACUGGUCGGACGACGUUCCGUCAGAGACCGACACGGAGCUGCAGCAGGUGGCGGCAGGAGUGGGACUGGAGCUGCGGGUGUCUGAAGGCGAGGAGGAGCCACCGCCGGCCUUGGCAAGGCGCCCAGAGAGAGGUCGCUCCCAAGUCUCCAGCCCCAGCCGGUCCCCUGAGGAGCACUCGGUCCUGUCCUCCCCAGCCCACAGCCCCAGGGCACAGGGCGCCCGAGCCCCGCGCGCCUCUGCAGCCGCCACGAGGGGGUUGCCCGCGGAGAGCCCUGUGCCAGAGCCAGAGCCAGAGCUCGCCCAUGGGGAGCCCACAGCCGGCACCCCUGUCCAAUCGCAGCCCGAAGCCAGGACGCCGCCCUCACCUGCAAGCCCACAGCACCGGUCCCCGCUGGCCCCCCUCCCCAUCUGCUCCCAGCCUCAGCCGUCCGCCGAGGCCACCGUGCCGUCCCCCACCGUGUCCCCCAUCCGCUUCCAGCCUGUGCCAGCCAGAACCUCCACCCCCCUGGCCCCCCUCCCCGUGAAGAGCCAGGGGGUCACCAAGGACACACUGGGCAGCCCCCUCCCUGGGGACGAGGCCCUGAGACGCAGCGACCUGGUGGCAGAGUUCUGGAUGAAGAGCGCAGAGAUCCGCCGCAGCCUGGGGCUCACGCCCGUGCGACGGGGCCCUGGACCUGAGCCCGCGUUCCAGCCCGCGCCCCUGCAGGCCUGUCGAGCUGAGAAGCUCCCCCAGGGCGAGGGACCCUGGCUUCUGAAACCCACACCUGUCCCCGGGAGGCUGGGGCCGCCUGCCGCCAGGGGGACCCAGCCCUCCCCGCCCACCCCGGGGUCCCCACCUGGCAGGGAGCCGAAGGGCGCCCGGGCGGAGCACAGAGACCUGUCCAGCAGCUCGGGGCUGGGCCUGCAGGGCAGCUCCUCCCGCACCAGGACGCCCGGCAGCCAGAGCUUCAGCACGUCCGACUCCACCAUGCUCACGCCCCCCUCCAGCCCUCCGCCCCCACCUCCCGACGAGGAGCCCGCCACCCUUCAUGGGAAGCCGGCCCUGGCGGGGCAGCUCGCAGCCUCGGAGCCCCGAGCACCGGCCGCAUGCUUGCGGACCCCGCGGGAGCCCACCCGGCCGCCCCCAGAGGAGGCACCGAAGCCAUUUGUGGAGAGCGUGGACGAGAUCCCCUUUGCGGACGAUGUGGAGGACACGUAUGACGACCGCACGGAGGACUCGAGUCUGCAGGAGCCCUUCUUCACGCCCCCCUCCCGCUGGCCCUGCCCCGAGCAGCCCCUGGCCCAGGAGAGAGGCCGGGGGCCUGAGAGUGGGCUCCCGCCACGGAAGCGGGGGCUGCCGCUGGUCUCCGCCGAGGCCAAGGAGCUGGCAGCCGAGCGUAUGCGCGCCCGGGAGAAGUCAGUGCGGAGCCCGGCGCUGAGGGAUGCCAUGGCCCGGCAGCUGAGCAGGAUGAAGGAGAUGGACACCGUGGCCACCGCCCCCAGGGCCCCCAGGACCCCGGCACCCCGCAGAGCCACUGCCGUGCCCCCCAAGGGCCCCGAGGAGCCCACCCCAACGCACAAAGCCACGAGUGAGGAGGUCCCGUCGCCUCCCUCGGACUCAGGGGGCCUGGACGGCUCGGUUACCUCGUCCGAGGGCUCCAGCGGGAAGAGCAAGAAGAGAUCGUCCCUCUUCUCCCCCAGAAGAAACAAGAAAGAGAAGAAGCCCAAGGGUGACGGCCGGCCCCCGGAGAGGCCCAGCCCCAGCGCCCUGGAGGAAGCAGCAGCCAAGCCCAGGUCCCUGUGGAAGUCCGUCUUCUCCGGGUACAGGAAGGACAAGAAGAAGAAGGGUGAUGGCAGGUCCCGCCCCAGCACCCCUUCCAGUGGGACCACUGUGGACGCCGGCAAGCCGGGGGCGUCUCCUGUCACGAGAGCAGAGCUGCGGCCCCGACGCCAGCUGAGCUGCUCGGAGGACUCGGACAUCUCCAGCGACGAUGUCCUGGAGCGGACCUCCCAGAAGUCCAGGAGAGAGCCGAGGACUUACACGGAGGAGGAGCUGAACACCAAGCUGACCCGGCGUGUGCAGAAAGCAGCCCGGAGGCAGGCCAAGCAGGAGGAGCUGAAGCGGCUGCACCGCGCCCAGAUCAUCCAGCGGCAGCUGGAGCAGGUGGAGGAGAAGCAGCGCCAGCUGGAGGAGAGGGGCGUCGCCGUGGAGAAGGCGCUGCGUGGGGAAGCAGGUACCGGCUGGGUUCCUGGUGGACAGGGGAUCCCUGAGGAAUGCCCACCCAGCCCCGCGGGAGGCAUGGGCAAAAAGGACGACCCCAAGCUGAUGCAGGAGUGGUUCAAGCUGGUGCAGGAGAAGAACGCCGUGGUGCGCUAUGAGUCGGAGCUCAUGAUCUUCGCCCGGGAGCUGGAGCUGGAGGACCGGCAGAGCCGGCUGCAGCAGGAGCUCCGCGAGCGGAUGGCCAUGGAAGAUCACCUGAAGACAGAGGAGGAGCUGUCGGAGGAGAAGAGGAUCCUGAACGAGAUGCUGGAGGUGGUGGAGCAGAGAGACGCCCUGGUGGCCCUGCUGGAGGAGCAGCGGCUCCGGGAGAAGGAGGAGGACAAGGACCUGGAGGCCGCCAUGCUGUCCAAGGGCUUCAGCCUGAACUGGUCCUGAGCGCCGCCCGGCCCUGGCUGGUCUGUGCACCGUCCGACCCGGGCUGGCUGCUCCCAGACCACCCAGAUCCGAGGUCGGAGUGGGCCUGCUGCCUCCUGGGAGUUUGCACUCAGACCUCCUCGUGGCUCUGAGAAGCAGUCAAGCGCCGAGCUGUGGGAGCCCCAGUGAAGACGGUGGUCCAGUAGCGCAGCCUCCUCGAAGAGGCCUCCCUGCCCUCCUGCUUCAGAGACGGGGAACGCGGAUCCUGGGGGGACGCCUGGUCGGAGGGACGCGGCUCCGCCCCAAUCCCCAGGCCCAGGGGGCCAGCGCAGACUUCAUCCAGGGCUGAGGAGGCCCGCCCCGCGGCCCAGUGCCACACUCCAGGCCUCUCCUGGCUGUGGCCUGAGGCCUGAGGCUGCUGCAUUUGCUUUUAAUUCACAACACUGGAAGAUACUGACUUCAGGGUCGGGCAGAGACCCUCUUCUGGCCCCGCCACAGGCCUGCGGCCUUGUCACGGGCUCCUCGUGGCGGGCGGGAGGCCUCGCCUCGUUCCUGGGUUUGCCCCGAACGAAGCUGACAGCCUGGGAGGCGUGGCCUCUUUGUCAAUUAACUUAUUUUUUUAAUACUUGAAAAGAAGCAACUUCACUUUUAUAUCUUUACCAGGACACUGAUUGCUUGGCACCUGGGUAGGGGUGUGGAGGUGGGUCCCAGCUGACCGCGCUGUCACUCCAUUCAUUACUCUUUCAUCGUGGGGCUGACCUGAACCCUCAGGUCAGCAAGACCCCCGUGUGGGCCCGGCGUGCAGCGCCCGUCCUCCUGUGCCCGGCCCCGGGCGUCCGUGUCUACACCGCUCGCUUGUCAAGUACGCGUUUGAGCUGCUGGAGGCCACGCCAUGAGGCACAGAUGCCUCUUGGCCUCCCUGUUGGAAUCCUGGCUCUGCAGAACCCAUUUUUCCUCCGUUUUGGUGCCGAGAUCUCACCUGCCACAGCACAUUUAUUGAAGAAAGUUUUAGGCCGGCUGCACCAGCGCGUGGGACCCUGCUCAGCGAGGCCCAGAUCCAGCCAGCUGGAGCUGCAGUGACGGCACACUGGGGGACUCCAGUUGGGGUCCCCCCCACACACACAUGAGCUCCGGCCCAGCUCCAGCCCAGCACCUCUUCGUGGGGAGGCACUGGACAGGAAGCACCGUGGAGCCAGCUCGUGCCGUGGCUCAGCCAGAGGCCGGCAGUGUCCAGCCUGCAGAGCCACUGUUAGACUCUGCAGGGGCAGUGCUCGUCCACAGAGGAGCGAGGGCAGCGCCAGGCCAGUCCCGAGGCCCUCCAGCCGACUCCUGGUGGAGCGGGACUGCGUGCAGGGAAGAGAGGCCUCAGGGCAGGACAGGGGGCGUCCACACCGACCUUGGGACGUCCCUGGGGAACCACAUCGUGCCUCAACUUGAACAGAGUCAUUCUCACUGCAAAGGAGCAAAGAACUGUCUUUUUCUUCAGUCUGUCCCAAAGCUGCCGUCUGGAAUCCAGGGCACGCGCUGCUCCAGCCCUCGCGGCUCUGACCUUCACCUCUUGCUUGAUGAGGUAGAGCCUCCGUUUCUAUUCUCGUUUCUUAGAAGGGGGAGCGGAGGGUGUUCUAGAUCCAUCCUCAAAUCCCAGCCUUCCAAUAAAAUUGGGCUUGGGACAGGAUUCAUCGCCUGUGUGGCCUUUGCCUACCCUUCCUACCCACCGCCCCGGUGCACCGCAACUGCCAGGCCCGUCCCUCGAGCUUCUGCCCACCCAGGACGAGGACAAGUUUACAGAGUGGCCAGGAGGGACAUGACACCCGCCGCUGCGGAAGCACACCGUGCCUGCAGGAACGAGGACGGCCUGGAGGCUGCAGAGAAGCUUGGAAAUGCUCCCCACUCCCUCCCGCAGGGCUGCGACUUCAGGUUCUAGUAGAGCACUUUUUCUGAAAGCUCCCGUUUUAUAACCACUAGUUUGCAGGUUGUUGUAGUGCCCUGCUGACGGGCUGCAUGCAGUGUUCCCCAGCUCUGGAAAUGCACUCAGCUCCUGUCAAGUCCCUUGAAGGCAGGGCAGCAGGAAAUCUCUCUGUGAAAUGCCACGGCAUGAGCAGGCCCAAGCCCGAGGCCUUUGCAGGGAGAGCCAGGUUCAGCUCCAGCAGGGCCAGGGCGGCAGCGCACCUCGCCUCAGUCCGAGGCCACCAGCGGCUCCACCUGGGGGUCCAGUCCUGCUCAGAUGGCGUCUUGUGGCCUUUGCCCCGGGAGCUGUCCUCCAGCUGCUCUGACCAGCAGUGAUAGACUAUCCGCUAUCUUUUCAAAGAGCAGAAUUUUUUCAGUGGGGCAGAAAGUGGAGAGAGUUUAAAGAAAAGUUUAAAGGUGGUAACAACUGAUCUACAAAGGGGAAUGGGCCAUUUUAUGCGCAAUAAAAGUUUUUAAAACAAG